AACAGCAACUCACAUGGUUUGGAUCUUUUCAAUAGCCAAAGAUAGCGAGUCGGAAGAGGAAGAGGAGAGCGGUGGAGAGGAUGAAGGUGCAACUGAAGGCUCGGAGGAGGAGGAGGAGGAUUCUGACAAGGAAGACGAAGGGAGACUACGCAAGAUGGAAGCACAGCGAUCUCAGAACAAGAAUCUCCCUGUGAAGGUGACGCCUGGCCAGGUUGUGAAGGAGGAUAAGCAGCGGCUGAUGCAAGAACAGCAGAGCGAGGAAAAGCGUUUGGCCAUCAUGAUGAUGAAGAAACGGGAAAAAUACCUCUACCAAAAAAUAAUGUUUGGGAAGAAGCGCAAAAUUAGAGAGGUAUCUUCUUCUUCUCUUUUUUGCUCUGCUCAAUUUCCCUCCUGAAGUUCUUGGAGAACU